UUCAAAUCCCCGGUCCAAGAAAUGCUUCUCCACUUCCUUUCUUCCUCUCCGCCUCCUCCCUUUUCUACCCCCGAUUCCUCCUCCACCCCAAUCCACCAGCCAGCCUCCGUUUCCUCGCCAUGAACGCCGCCGCCUCAAGCUCUUCGUCCCGGCCGGUGCGCGGUGCGGCGGUGCCGGUGCCUUCUCUCAGCGCCGACGAGACCGGCGCGGUGGCUGACGAGACCUUCCAGAGGCAUACGUCGCCGAGCUUGAGGAGAGGCGGGGCCGGGGUGGCUGUAGUGUGGUUCAGGAACGAUCUCCGGGUGCUCGACAACGAGGCGCUGGUGCGCGCGUGGGCGGCGUCCGAGGCGGUCCUGCCGGUGUUCUGCGUUGAUCCUCGGAUCUUCGAAGGGAGCACGCACUACUUCGGGUUCCCCAAGACUGCAGCAUUGAGGGCACAGUUCUUGGUAGAGUGUGUGGGAGAUCUGAAGUAUAAUUUGAAGAAAAAGGGUCUCGAUUUACUAGUUCGAACCGGCAAGCCUGAAGAGAUCCUUCCUACAAUUGCAAAGGCUGUCAGUGCACAUACUGUUUAUGCUCAAAAGGAAACCUGCAGUGAGGAGCUCUUCGUCGAGGGCCUCGUGCGCAAAGGCCUAGAGCAAGUUCAGAUUACUCAAGGAGGAACAUCUGGCCAGAAGAAAUCUCCGAACCCCAGGCUGCAGCUCAUCUGGGGAGCAACAAUGUACCAUAUUGAUGACCUCCCGUUCACUGUGAACAACUUGCCAGACGUGUACACACAGUUCAGAAAGGCGGUUGAAUCCAAGUCCUCGGUUAGGAAUUGCAGCAAGUUGCCGCCAUCGCUUGGACCGCCCCCUAGUUACGGCCUAGAUGAGAUUGGAGGGUGGGGGGCAAUACCAACACUGGAGUCUCUAGGCCUGAGUGUCACAAAGUCUGAGAAGGGAAUGCAUUUCAAAGGAGGAGAGAAUGCAGCUCUCGGAAGAGUCCAUGAGUACUUUUGGAAGAAGGAUCAGCUGAAAGUCUACAAGGAGACCAGGAAUGGCAUGUUAGGUCCAGAUUACUCCACAAAAUUCUCUCCUUGGCUUGCUUCUGGCAGUCUUUCGCCACGUUACAUUUGCGAAGAGGUGAAAAGAUAUGAGAAGCAAAGAGUAGCAAAUGAUUCUACAUACUGGGUUUUGUUUGAGUUGAUAUGGAGAGACUACUUCAAAUUUCUAUCAGCAAAAUAUGGGAACUCCAUUUUUCACCUAGGAGGUCCGAGGAAAGUAGUAUCCAAAUGGAGUCAGGAUCAAGCAUUGUUUGAAUCUUGGAGAGAUGGUCGAACUGGCUACCCUCUUAUUGAUGCCAACAUGAUGGAGCUUUCAGCCACUGGUUUCAUGUCUAACCGUGGCCGUCAGAUUGUCUGCUCAUUUCUUGUCCGAGAUAUGGGUAUUGAUUGGAGAAUGGGAGCAGAAUGGUUCGAGACAUGCUUAUUGGAUUAUGACCCAGCUUCAAAUUAUGGUAACUGGACAUAUGGAGCAGGAGUUGGCAAUGAUCCACGAGAAGAUCGAUACUUCAGUAUCCCAAAGCAAGCCAAAACGUACGAUCCUGAAGGGGAGUACGUCUCAUACUGGUUACCAGAACUCCGGUCGCUGGCGAAGGAAAGAAGAAACUUCCCAGGGGCGUCAUACAUCAGGCAGAUCGUCCCACUUAAGUUCGAUGGUGGAAAUCAGAAAAAAGAUCAGCAGUUCAACAGGCAGAGAAGGCCGAACAUGUACAGGAGAUGAAGUAAAUUAACAUAGUUGGUUGAAGAGUGAGGAUUUACGAAUUUCUAUAUGGCCUUAUGCAAAAGUUCAUUGAAGGAUUCUUCUGUGUUU